AUGUGGGUCUUAGAUCUCAAAACGGACCAUUUGGAUAAUGUCGUCAGAUUUCGAGCGCGGAUUGUUGCGCGAGUCGACAAACAACGUCCCGGAAUUGAUUACGUGGAGACACUUAGCCCAGUGGCUCGAAUGGCUAUGUUCCGAUUAUUUGUUGCAGUGUGUGUACAAUUGGAGCUUCCAAGUUAUCAAAGUGAAAUUAAUACUGCGUAUUUAAAUGAAACGUUAGGUAUUAAACAAUACCUGGAAUCAUUGGAAGGCUAUCCUGUCGCACCGAACCGUGCCUAUAUUACUAUAGGCGGGAUGGCGAAUUUGCGAUUGUUCUACUAUACGUGGAUGACAUUCUGUGGGGUGCCAUAUCGUGGGCAUCACGACGUCGAAGUAUGGUGGCACAAUCAACUGCUGAAGCAGAGUAUGUUGCAGCAUGUGAAGCAUGCAUGGAAGGACAAGGUUUACGCAACUUAUUUAUUGAAGUAUUUUCGCUAUAUGGACACAGAGUAUCGACUCGGCAUUGAUAAUCAAGCAGCGUUUAUCAUGUCGACCAACCCAACCUAUAGUCGCCGUACUCGACACAUUGAACUGCGUUGGCACUAUGUUCGGGUUCAGGUGGCAAAAAGGACCGUGGAACUUUGA